AUGCACACCCCCAAAGACUACGUCAAGUCGAUCUGGGCUCUCGGCAUUAUCGAGAUUUUCAUUUACACUCUGACCGGCGCCCUGAUUUACGCCUUCGUGGGCCAGGAGGUCCGCUCGCCGGCCCUUCUGUCCGCCGGCCCCACUGUCUCCAAGAUUGCCUUUGGCGUCGCGCUUCCCGUCAUCUUCAUUUCUGGCUCGAUUAACACCACCGUCGUUGGUCGCUACAUUCAUGGACGCAUGUACAAGGAUUCCAUCGUCCGCUUCAUCAACACUAAGAUGGGCUGGAUCACCUGGCUGGCGCUCAUCACCGUCAUCACCAUUGUCGCGUGGAUCAUUGCGGAGGCCAUCCCCUUCUUCUCCGAGCUCCUCUCCAUCAGCUCGUCUCUCUUCAUCUCCGGCUUCACCUUCUACUUCCCCGCCAUCAUGUGGUUCAUGCUCAUCAAGGAGGGCAAGUGGAACGCCAAGGAGAACCUUCUCAAGUCUGCGGGUAACGGCCUGGCGUUUGUCAUUGUCAUCGAUGUGCUGGUUUGCGGUACCUACGCCAGUAUUGAGGAAAUCAACCUCAAGUUCCGCAAUGGCACUGUCAGCAGCCCCUUCAGCUGCGCCCCUCUGGCUUAA